AUGGAAGAUAUUUACCCUGCAUCUCCGGUAGCAGUUGCACGUAACAAGAGUACUGGAAACGUGAUGAGUAGUACCAGUACUCCUUCAAAAAACUGCUCAAUAACCGCCGCGAAAAACCACCGCCACAUGACUGCCGUCGUCGACGACGGCGACGGCGACCCGAUUGAAUGUACGGGGAAAUCGUGCAAGUCAUGUACAGCUGGAGUUGUAGCCGAUUGCGUUGCAUUAUGUUGCUGCCCCUGCGCCGUGAUUGAUAUUUUAACACUGGCGUUUUUCAGGAUCCCGUGGACGAUGGGGAGAAAAUAUUUGGGGAAAAGUAAAAAAUCGGAAAAAAAGAAGAAAAAGAACAAUAAUAAUAAGAAGAAGAUGAUUCAGAAUAAGAAGAAGGAGGAGGAAAUGGAGAAGAGUUACAGUUACCGUGACUGCGUUACGUAUGAAUUGGACAGUAUAGAUGGAAGAGUUUCAACAAGAUCAGUUAGGGAUGAAGAAAUCGUUACAGGAAAUUUGAAGAAAUCAUUGGGAAUUGUAAUUGGGGAAGAAGACAAAAACAAUACUAGUGCUAAGUUUGAUGUAGAACAAUUUUGGUUAGAUUUGUAUGAACAAGUUGGUCAUUUGGGAUUUGGCAGAGUUUCUUACACUGGAAUCCCUUCUCAAGGUAAUACUGGGUAA